ACUUAACAAUUAAAAUUAAUAGAGGAAUUUAUUUGUAGAUUUUUAAAAAUCUCAUCACAAAUAAGAGACCUGAGUUUUAUGUUAUCAUAAAAAUUAAAAAAUAAUUUUACUAAACAUUUUUGGGACGCAUUAUCCAAUAAACAUAUGCAGCAAGUUAAUUUAUUUGACAAGAAAUUUGGAAGAAUUUUUUCGCUACUGUAGAUGAUUAUUUAGAUGUGAUGCUUAUCUAGAAUUUCAUAGAUCUUGCAAGCUCAUCUCCCAAACUCUUUCCCCUUCCUUCUUUACAGUUGCUCUCUAUCGUUCUCGUCCCUCUCAGAAUGCAUCCCCUUCUUUUCUGUAUUAUCUCCUUUUCUCACAAGCCAAAUACUGAAGCUGGGCUUGAAGAUUUCAGGUCCAAAACCUCUAGUGAGAUUCUUUAUGUGUGGGGGAGUAGUUUGCAGACAUACCCAAAUCUUUCAAGGUAAGGCUUCAAGGCAUCCAACUAACCUCUCAAUUCCCGUUAAGAGUAGAGUUCAAGAAAUAAUUAGGAGGCAUGUUUUCUUGACGUCCAAUAUUAUUCUCUCUCUCUCUAUAUAUAUACCAUGUACUUAAAAGAAUCAGACGAGUGAGUUCCUCCAUAAAAAAAAUCAUAUGAUAUCCGUUAUCAUGUGUUUUGGUCUGCGAUGUACCGAAUCUAUCUAAGAAUAUAUAUAUAUAUAUAUAUAUAUAUAUAUUGAAAGCUGCAUUUGCCACCUUUUUUCUAGCUUUGCCACAUACCUUUCUCUUUGCUUCAACCUCCCUACCUAAAACCCUCUUAUGAGGAGAAGGAACUUAUUCCUUGUUAAGGAAUGACUUCUACAUACUAUUUUCCUCAACCACCAUUACCCCCUUCCUCCCUCCAUACCACACCGCCAUGGAAGACUGGAACGUGCUUGCUGCGGAUUGUGUAGUCAUAUCCUGCUGCUGCCAAUGCUUGAUACUGCAAGUCAUCAUCUUCAUCUUGCUCAAACUCCCAUGCAAACUUAUUCGAAAGAUUAAAAAAUGUGCGAAGAAAAGGUUUCGAACUCGGGAUAGAAAGAAGAGACCAGAAUCAGUAAAAGGUAGAUUUUUGGAAGACUUUGUGGAAAUCCAUGAAGGGUCUAUGAGAAUUCAAAUAGAAGAAUUACAAGGAGGCCAUGGUUUUGGGGAUUGUAUGAGGGAAGUUGAGAGGGUGCUAGACGAUUUCUCCCAAAAGGGAGAGUUUGCAUUUGGAAGCUUCUGGGGUAGGCAAGGAUUAGGGGGCUCAUCAAUAUGUGUAGGUAAACAGGAAGUUGAUAUAAGCCUCGUACAGUUUGAAUUAGUUGAAAUAGUAGAUUCUUUCAGAUGCUCAAAUUGAUCUAAUGAUUAAGUUUUAUAGCCAACUUAAUUAUUUGAACAUAUUAUUUGGUAGCUCCAUCUGAUCAGAAAUGUGAUUUGGGUUUUAGCCAGAAAACAAAAAUGCUGUCUUUUUUUUUGUAGGCAAUUGGAACCCAGAGAAACAUUCUUGUCUUAACAUGUCAUUAUCUUGAAAGUACCCAACAUAUCAAAUUAUAGUGUUAGAAAAAUUAGCACAAUAGCAGUUGCAGAGACCAUAUCAGUGAAUGUGUAGCUGAGAAAUAUAGACAAGACAAAACACACUAUUUAUGAAAAAAUGUGUGUUUUUUGUUUUCUGGAUCCUGCUAGUGUAACAUCCCACCGCUUCAUUCUUUGAGGAAAUUGAAUCCCACAUCAUGGGAUUAGAAACUUUAUUAAUGAUCUAUAAUGUCCUAACCGUAAAGUUGAUUAUUUUGUAACAAAUGGCAAAGGAAUAUUUGAUUGUAUUUCAUAUUUUUAUUAUCAUUGGUAAUGACUUUUUUAUUUACAAAAACAAAAAUGAAAAACUUUAAGAUUAUUCAUAAGAAAACAACAUAAAAAUAAUAAAUAAUUAUCAAUUAAUUUGAUGAUUAUAGAUGAGAAAAAUGAAAAUGAAAGAAGAGAAUAGAGCAGUUAUAGAAUUAGAAACUACUCGGAAAAACUCUCUCUAUAUAUAAAUAUAUAGAAAGGGCAGGCAACCCCACAUGGCCUCAUGUGUCCUAAAGGUUGGCAACUGGCUAAAUUUCAAUGGAAACGCGCUUUGAAAUUGAAUAUGAACCAUUCCAAAAUCAUCACAGACAACAAAGAAAAACAUAAGCCUCACAUCUUCAACAAACCAAAUUUCCUCUCUUUUUCUCUUUCUCUUAAUUACUACUUUUCUUCCUCCUCCUCCGUUUUUGUUCUCUUCUCCUUCACCGAUCACUAUUACCUGCAGCCAUGAUGGCAACCAUCCAAUCCGAC